CACAGCAAGUAAUUCUCCAGCGAAACAUUCAUGUCAAGUAUGAGGGACCUUGUUUUAAUUCUUCUGCUCUGCUGUCUGACAUCAGGUAGUGAAAGCAAUCCCGUUGAUCGAUAUGGAUUAUAUGGAGAGUCUUUACGCCUGGAUGUUGAAGAAUACGACAACUUGACCUUCAAAAGGUUUCUGUGGGUUUAUGCUGAUAAGAAACAUCUAGUGGAAUAUAUUCGCGCAUUUGAGAAGGUCGAUAAUUACAGACAAAAGAAGUUUGAGUUUGACCAGAAGAAUUUCUCCUUGCUUAUAAGGAACCUGGCGAAUACAGACAGUGGGCUGUAUGAAGCAGAAACAGUUGACUAUGAUGGAAACAUGAUUCGUGUUAUUACUUACAAUCUUACUGUCCAAGCUCCUGUCUCUAAACCCAUCAUCACUAACGUUUCCGACCCUGAAGGGGAAUGCAACUCCGCUCUGGAGUGCACAGUGGAGAACGGGACGGAGCCCUCCGUUACGUGGCUGGGGAAGGGGAUUAAUAUCACCGUGACACACGGGAGUGCCAAUGAAAUUUGUCUGGACAACAUCACCUGCAACAGCUGGCCGUUGACCUGCUACGCAGAGAACAAAGUCAGCAACUCGUCAGAAACCAUUGAGACUCUGCAAUGUGAACACUCACCAGAUUCUGCUCUACAGUCAAAUUUAUGGCUGAUUCUAAGCGUCACAAUCAUCUCUGCAAUCAUCACGAUCGCUGGGGUUUUUUGGCUCAACAGCAGAAAUGCAAAGAAAGAGGACGAUUUAGUCAACAUGACAGACGCUUCAGUUGGGGUGAACAGACAGUCGAUAGCAACAGAGUACGAUGUCGUGAGGGCAGAACGGAUGAUCCAGCCCACAGUCCUUCCCUCAGAAAUCACUACCAUCUAUGCUACUGUUCAUAAAACAAGUAUAAAGAACAUUUGUUAAGCAGCAAUGAAUGGGUUAAAAAUAAGGUAACAUGCAGGGAGAGAAUGUUACACAUUAAAAGAUCUAAGAGUUUAUGUUAAUCUAGGGAAGUAAUGUUAAAACUGUACAAUGCAUUAGUAAGACUUUGUGAAUACUGUGUUCUGUUCUGGUCGCUACAAAAAUGAUAUUGCUGCUCUAGAAAGAGUGCAAAGAAGAGCGACCAGAAUUAUUCCAGGUUUAAAAGGCAUGCCACAUGCAGACAGGCUAAAAGAAUUGAAUCUGUUCAGUCUUGAACAAAGAAGAUUACGCAACGAUCUGACUCAAGCAUUCUGAAUCCUAAAAGGUACUGACAAUGUCGACCCAAGGGACUUUUUCAACCUGAAUAAAGAAACAAGGACCAGGGGUCGCA